AUAAAAAAAAGGUGAGAGAAGAGUGUGAUCUUGGCUUCCGCAUUAAACCUCUUUUUGACUGAGCGGAACUCCCAUAUCGUUUGGGCUGGUCACUGUUAAUGUCUACAUGUUGAAAUGAACGGGGAGAAAGAGGAACGCCACACACCUUCUCGUCAGUGGUACUUUGGCUUCUCGGAGUUUGGCCGCUUGGGUUUUGUUUGAACUCCUUGAUAAGAGCACUCUGCGGCUGAGAUGAGGGACCGACUGAGCGAGCUGCAAGUUGCCCGCCAAAAACCUCCUGGCCCCUGGCCUGAGGAGCAGAGCUUCAGCUCCACAGUCGACGAGAACCAGGAGCAGACUGUGAUGCUGUUCGAGGGAGAGGACGCCAUGGAGAGCUUCUUCAAGGAGGUGCGGGCCCUCCGGCUGGAGGUGAGCCAGCUGCGGAUGAACGUGAAGAACCUGGGCAAGCAGAACACCCGGUUCCUCACCUCGGUGAGGCGCCUCAGCAGCAUCAAGAGGGACUCCAACGCCCUGGGGCGGGACAUCAAGAAGAGGGCGGAGCUGACGUACGCCCGCCUGGAAAAGCUGGAGGCGCGCAGCAAGGCGCUGGAGGAGGAGCACGGCCCCGCCUCGGCCCUGGUGCGCAUGGUGCGCUCCCAGUACGUCUCGCUGACCGGCGCCUUCCACCAAGCGCUGUCCGAGUACAACGACGCCGAGGUCCUCCAGAGGGAGAACUGCAAGGCCCGCAUCCAGCGGCAGGCCGAGAUCAUGGGCCAGGAGCUGAGCUGGGAGCAGAUAGAAGACAUGAUCCAGACGGGCGAGUGGGGCGCCUUCAGUGAGAACCUGCUCACCGACGGCCGUACGGGCGCCCGCCUGGCGCUGACGGAGAUCGAGCAGCGGCACAGGGAGCUGGUGGAGCUGGAGGGCCGCAUCGGCGAGGUGAGGGAGCUCUUCUUCCAGAUGGCCCUGCUCGUGGAGGAGCAGGGCUUCAUGCUGGACAACAUCCAGGCCAACGUGUCUGCCACGCAGGACUACGUCACCAAGGCCAACGAGCAGAUCCGGCUGGCGGUCAAGUACAAGAAGGACAACCCGUGCAGGAAGCUUUGCUGCUGCUGCUGUCCCUGUUCUUGAGGUCGGGGAUGGGUUUCAAGCGUCGCCAUGGCUACACCUCACCAAAGACCUCAAUGGGUUUCAAGCCUCCAUCAUCAUCAUCCCAAUGUGGUGACACUGGGAUGACGAUGAUGAGGCCUUGUAAAGGCAAUAUCUGGUGUGAGGUUUACAUUGGAGACACGAUUUAAGGGCAAGGUCUGAUAUGAAAGGACUGGCAUCAUGGGAAUGUCCAGGCUAGACCUCAAGUGAAUAACCUUAAUGGGCUUAACACACAGUUGAAGUCUCCUUGCAGUGAUGAUUAUGCAUUCAUGAAAUAUAUACUUUUUUUUCCGUGGGCUUUUUUGUUUAUUUAAGUAUUAUGCUUCACUCUACCAUUUAAGCAUGCCAUAAUUGCAUGCCAAGCUGGUAGCUUAUUAAUGUUUGUUUCACACACAAAUACAUACAUACAUACAUACAUACGUAUACAUACAUACGUAUACAUACAUACAUACAUACAUACAUACAUACAUACAUACAUACAUACAUACAUACACACAUACACACAUACACACAUACAUACACACUUAGUGAAACACAGGCUUGGUGCAUUGUGAAAAUUAAAUGUUACAGAAGCCUUAGUAUUAGGGCUGACCUUGUGAAAUAUUGUUCUAUUUCACAAGGUUUGCUUUCAGCAUAGACUUGUUUGGAAACUGUUUGGUCGCUCUCAGGAUUAACCUUAGUAUAGUAGGCCCCAAAGGCAAUGAAAUAUUUGGAUAGACAAUGAAAAGAUAAAAAAUAUUAACAUUGUGUUCAUAAGGACAAAAUAUUCUUUGAGCUGAGGAGUUUAGUUUCAAGUUUUUUUGAAAAUGCCAAGGUUUUACUUAAUAUACAUUGAUGCACACGUUUACCUUUAUUAAUUGCUGUUGUUUUUUUUAUUGUUUUAGAGUUUUACUGCUGAGGCAGACCAGGAUGGCCGAGUGGUUAAGGCGUUGGACUUAAGAUCCAAUGGACAUAUGUCCUCGUGGGUUCGAACCCCACUCCUGGUAUAAAUGCGUCAUUUUUAAUCGUGAAACUGUUGAUUGCCGGCUUUCGGGUUAACAGGAUCGCGCACUGCUUAUCACCGUAAACAUGUAGAGUAGAGCAAAGAAACCGAACCCUCACUAAUUAUAAACGCCGUUCCACGCAGCACAGCGUCACCUCCCAGAUGUUAUGUUCAGGCAGACUUACUCUGGAAAAUGUAUGGCAAUGAAAGAAAUAUUGUUCUCAAUCUCCAUCUCUUGUUUAUAUAACCUAGGCAGUAGGAAUCACGGAUAUUGAAAUGAGAGCUCCUUGGGAAGUGAAACACAGAGACAUCAUUAGCUGCGUUUCCAUCUAAAAGGUGAUGCGAAUCUUUAGAAAGUUCGCAAAAAAGUAAUUCGAAUUAGGUGCGUUUCCAUCAAGUGGUUGGAGCGGAAUUGGGUGAUGACGUUACACGUUGAUGUCGGCAGGGUUGCUAUGGCCGGUCGUUAUGCGGAAAUCGGAAAGACUGUCAGUCCCGUGUGUUCAAAGUUCGCUAUGUCACAGCUGAUUCGCAAAAUGUGUUUCCAUCUCCCAUUUUGCGAAUUUACUCUGUUUCGCAUUUCUCAAAAACCACCUCAAGCGAGCGGAUAAACCUUUUUUGCGAAUUAGAGGAUUUUGAUGCGAAUUUUGGUGUUUCCAUCACCGUUUACUGAUUCGAUACUUCAAAGUUCGCAUUAAAUUAGGGGGAUGGAAACGCACCUAUUGUAAUCCGAGAUAAUUAAUGUUGUAGGCAACUUUUAAAAAAUAUAUAUAUUCGACUCCCAAUGGACUUAAUUAGCUGUACAUUUAGACAGCUAUGCAAUUAGUCUCUGGU